AUGGCGGCGCGGCUGCUCCGCCUGCGCGGGUUGUUGCGGGCCGCCGGCCCCCGGCCCUUCUCUGCCCAGGCCAGUCCUCUGCAAACUGAACAGCAUGGCACAAAGCGCCUAGAACCGUCUUCUGCUAAAAGUUUGGUUGAUAUAGGAACUCGGAGGAUCUUCUCGUCAGAUCAUGAUAUCUUCAGGGAGAGCGCCAGGAAGUUCUUUCAGGAAGAAGUGCUGCCUUUUCAUGCAGAAUGGGAGAAGGAUGGCCAGGUGAGCAGGGAGCUCUGGGAAAAGGCUGGACAGCAGGGUUUGCUGGGUGUUGCUAUAGCUGAAAAACACGGAGGCAUCGGAGCGGAUAUUCUCUCUUCAGCUGUGGUGUGGGAGGAGCAGAUGUAUGUUAACUGUACUGGCCCAGGAUUCAGCCUUCAUUCAGAUAUAGUCAUGCCCUACAUUGCAAACUAUGGCUCUGAAGAACAGAUUAAACACUUUAUCCCCGAAAUGGUUGCAGGCAAGUGUAUUGGAGCUAUUGCCAUGACAGAACCUGGGGCUGGCAGUGACUUGCAGGGAAUACGAACAUACGCAAAAAAGGAUGGAAGUGACUGGAUUCUUAAUGGGAGUAAGGUAUUCAUCACUAAUGGUUGGAUGAGUGAUGUUGUGAUCGUGGUCGCAGUUACAAACCGGGAGGCCCGAUCUCCUGCUCAUGGGAUCAGCCUUUUUCUGGUGGAAAAUGGAACAAAAGGCUUCAUCAAAGGUCGCAAGCUGAACAAAAUUGGCCUGAAAGCUCAAGACACAGCAGAGCUGUUUUUCGAAGAUGUGCGGUUGCCAGCCAGUGCCUUGCUUGGAAAAGAGAACAAAGGCUUCUAUUAUCUGAUGGCAGAGCUCCCUCAGGAAAGACUGCUAAUUGCUGAUAUGGCUCUUGCCAGUUGUGAAUUCAUGUUUGAAGAAACAAGGAAUUAUGUGAAGCAAAGAAAAGCUUUUGGGAAGACAAUUGCCCACUUGCAGACAGUACAGCACAAGUUGGCAGAAAUGAAAACGCAGAUUUGUGUGGGCCGAGCUUUUAUGGACAACUGUUUGCAGCUGCAUGCAGAUAAACGUCUGGACUCCUCCACAGCUUCUAUGGCGAAGUAUUGGUCUUCUGAUCUCCAAAACAGUAUAGCUACUCAGUGUGUCCAACUGCACGGAGGAUGGGGGUACAUGUGGGAGUAUCCAAUUGCAAAAGCUUUUGUGGAUGCCCGUGUUCAGCCAAUCUAUGGUGGUACCAAUGAAAUAAUGAAAGAGCUUAUUGCCAGAGACAUUGUCAGUGACAAGUAGGGCAGGUGCUCGCUAUUUUGGAGAGUCUUCCAGAAUCCUUUUAUAUUAAUAUAUGGCAUAAAAUCAGACAUCAGAAUGUAAGUAAAAUAAAUGUGGUGUAUUGUAUUCUUUCAAGGAAGCGCCACUAUUUUAAAAAAGCGUUAGUAACGACAGUCUGCUCAUAUGCAGGGUAUCUAAUAUUUAAUGAAUUUUCAAUUUAAAUAUAUUUGGACAACACAGAGUAAUUAUGGGUAGCUUGGUCUCUCAGACCUGGUGCCAUUACAUUGAAUCCAACCCUUGCUUUUCAGAAUCACCUCUCUCUUCUCCAGAGAAGCCACGUUCUUAACAAAUAAACGAAUAUUAAAUGUGAACAUGACUUUAUUUCCACUUGACAAAUAUCACUGUGUCAAAGUAGAACUUAAAACUUGUGCUACCGUUGCUAUACACCUGCUUACUGCCCGGUAGGGCUGACCUCUGUUUACAUGUAACCCAGAAUGCCUUAUAUUUUAAUUACUUUGUUCAAAUAAAUAUAGUAAAGAGUUUCUAUGCAA